AUGGAAGAACCCCCCCGCAUUCCCCCUGCCCACGAGAUCCUUGUCGCAUCAUGCAAUGGGAACCCGGAAGACAUCGCGGCGCUGCGAACGCAAUGCUACGACGUCCGCAUAGCUGUCUUCGUCCACGAACAGGGCUUCCCGCUCGACCUCGAAAUUGACGAAAUCGACGACACCGCGACUCAUUUUUUGUUGCGUCUCGUGCCCUCCCUGCAACCGAUCGGGACCAUACGCGCGUUCAAGCCCAAGCACGCCACCUAUUACAAGCUCGGCCGUCUCGCCGUCCACAAGGACCACCGCCAGCACAAGUUCGGUCGGGAUCUCGUGCUCGCGCUCCACCAGUGGGUCAGAGCCGAUGCCAGAGCCCAUGGAUCACAGGGGCACGUCGACAUCGUCUGCCAUUCGCAGAUCCCAGUCAAGGGCUUCUACGCCAGAUUCGGUUAUGCCCCUGAGGGAGCAGAGUUUGACGAAGACGGCGCUCCACAUCAGAAGUUGGUCGCCCGUUUGCCCCUAUCCGAUUAA